UUGCGCACAGGUAGUCCCUGUUAUUUAGUUUCUUGAUGUUUCUAUCGUAAGUGUUUUAAUUCUUGGCCAGCAAAUUCGGCGCGGGGGUUCCUGGCUGCAUGAAGAUAGGUAUGUAUUGACCUUGACCGAUUCAGCCCCAGAGCCGCAUUGCAGCCGCAUUUUGUACUGGGUCUUGGUUUUUUUCUUCUCAUUCCUACCUAAACCUAGCAAUAUCAACAUCAGACAGACCUUCUUUGGACAUUUUGAUAACUGGUUCUCCCGACUAUAUACCUAGGUACCUAUAUACUUGGUCUACAUCUGUGUCUUCAUAGUUACCUACCUUACAUAUUCGUUAUACAUACAUAACACAGCCAGGUGACUUCACAAUGGCGAGAAUGGGAUUAUCCAGUUUCCCCAGAUCUCCCUUCGGGUCCUUCGGGGGCCUCGGCGGGACAACCAGCACUCCAAUCCGAGUCCUCAUCGCGCUUGCUCCCAUCACCAUCCCCGUCGCUUACAUGGUCUACCUCCAGCGCUCGCUUGUCCGGCACACCGCUGCUUCGGCACUCAUCUGCCCGCCGGACUCCCUGUCCUCGGGCUCUUCGGCCGACGGCACCAGCGACAACAAGGAAGCGCUCCCGUCCGACGUGCGCCACCAUCUGGAGCUGUACGUGGUGGCGCGGGAGCGCGUGGCCUCGGCGGCGGUGCCCGUGUCGUCCCUGCGCCCCGAGUUCAUCUCCAAGAAGGGCAAUCUGAGCGGCCUCCUGGACUCGUAUGUCGGCGCUACGAUGGCGGCUUUCUCGUGGACGCCGCAGGCGUUGCUGCUGGCGCGCAUGGGCGCGGCGGUGGCGGAUCCGGAGGCGUACCGGCGCUCCUUCGACGCGGACUACCUCGCCGCGUGCCGCUUUCGGCCGGGCGACCGCGUGUGCGGCGUGUAUGUCGUGAGGAGCCGCAGCCGCAGCAAGGGCCGGGUGGUGCUGGAUCUGGCGCCGCCGGAGGGGUGGACGGGGCCGGUGGUGGGGGGGGUGUUGGUGGUUGGGUUUGAUAUCGAUGUUGAUCGGACGGGGAGGGGGAGGAGGAACGAGAGGGAGAGGGAGAGGGAGGGGAAGGGGAAGGGGGGUGGGAGUGGGAAGGAUGAGGGGGAGGGGGAGAUUAGGUUUGUGAACGAGACGGUUAUGUGGAGGGAGAAGGAGGGGGGGAAGGCGACGCUGUUAGAGGGGUGGGUGGGGAGGUGGUUUCAUACUAUGAUGGCUAGGUGGUUGGUUGUUAAGGGGGUUGAGGCUGUGACGGGGGGGAAGAAUGAGUAGGGAGGUUGAAGAUGUGGGUUUGGUAUAUAGGUAGGUAGGCAUAGGUAGAAUCGCUCUGGUCCAGGAUAUUUACAAUUUCCACUCUCCGUAUCCAAAUGGGGUAGAUUGACUCGUUGUCUCAUGGCUAGCAAGGCAGUGCUACACUAUGUGGCUCAAUGGACCUUUGUUUUUCUGAGGUAUAUUCCGUUUUUCUUUCUUGUAAAUCAACUAUGUUGUGUUAGGUAGGG